AUGUUGAAGGUCAUUUUGGCAGUAUUAAUAGGAAUCCUUCUUAGGAUGCUUAUUGGAUUUUCUGAAUAUUCUGGCCAAUUAGAUCCACCAAAGUUCGGUGACUUCGAAGCUCAACGACAUUGGAUUGAAAUCACCACAAACUUACCAGUUAAUAUGUGGUAUGUAGAUAAUCAGCACAAUAAUUUGAGUUAUUGGCCGCUGGACUAUCCACCAUUAACUGCAUAUCAUAGUAUGCUUUGUGGGAAAAUUGCAGGUUUCUUGGGGUUUAGUGAAUUCUUUGAAUUAGAUAAAUCAAAGGGGAUAGAGAAUGAGACUCUCAAAUGGUUUAUGAGAGGUACCGUGUUGGUUAGCGAUAUUCUGAUAUUCUUUUCUGCCUUUGUGUUUUACUGGAAAAUUUUAAAUCCUAUUAGUAAUAAAAGCUAUUCAAGUAAAUAUUUACUAGUAACUCUUAUAUCAGCACCUUAUAUUUUCGUAGACCAUUCCCAUUUUCAAUAUAAUUGCGUUGCAAUUGGCUUAGUGGUGUGGUCAAUCAAUUUCCUUUACUGUGGCUAUCACGUUUUAUCAAUAUUUUCAAUUAUCUGUGCAGUAUUCUUUAAACAGACAAUGCUUUAUUUUAUACCUGCAUUUGCAUUCGCUUAUAUUUCGAUUAUUUUGAACACAGGAGGGUUAUUAAUGAAAAUUAAAAAGGUGAUUUAUUUUGGCUUAUCAGGAAUACUUGUAAGUAUAUCGAUUUUGUAUCCAUUUAUUUUGGAUAAUAUAAAGAAUCCAGAUCAUUAUAAGAAUGUUUUGUAUAAUACAAGAUUGGACAGUUUACUAAUGAAAUAUAAAGUGGAUUUUCUUGCCCCAAUAAUAAAAAGAGUUAUACCAAUCUGGAGAGGAGCUUGGGAAAAUCACGUCGCAUCUUUCUGGUUUGCAAAUAUCUUUAUUUUCAACUUAAAGAAGUGGGCAAUGAUAAAUGAAGAUAACUUAAAUAUUGCACUUAAAAUUUGUACAACUAGCACAUUUUUAGGAUUCAUUCCGGCAUGCCUGACUUUAUUAAGAAAUCCUACGAGAAAAAGGUUUGAAGUUGCAUUGCUUGCAUCUUCUCUUUCAUUUUUUCUAUUUUCUUGGCAAGUACAUGAAAAAAGCAUUAUUUUGCCUCUUACCCCAGCAUUAUUAUUGAUGGAUGUUUUCCCAUGGAUAUCUUUGAAUUUCAUAAUAAUUUCAUCUUUUUCGCUUGUGACGCUCUCGAUUUUGGAUAAAACAGUUUCGUAUUUAAUAAUUUUUGGAUUAUUCUCAAUUAUCAUUUCAUUUUAUGUUUUGUAUGAUGAAAUUGAAAGGCCUAAUGGCACCACUGGAUUGAUAUAUAAUAGAACACCGCUAAUCUUGUCAAUUUUGUUUUCAUGUAUGCUGAUCUGCCAGUAUUUUAUUCCCCCACCUAUUAGAUACCCAUGGCUGCACGAAUUUUUAAAUGCACUAGUCUGUGCAUGGACUCUAUUUUCAAUACUCAUUAUAUGUACAAUAAAAGGAAUAUCUUUUGGGAAAGAAAACAACCGAAAAGGUUCUCAAAAUAAAGAUAUUAAUCUAAUCUAUAAGGAUAAGAAUUGA